AUCGGUCAGACCUCAGAUUCAGCGAGAGCGAGUGCGGGGUUAGAGAAAAGGAGGCGUCUCUACUUCUCCCUCCUUUGGCUCGAGAUCGUUCGUUGGCAGACAGAGCGCAGCGUUCGUCCGACAAGCGAGGCAACAAUCAAUCGAGCGGAGCGAGCAAACCCCCGAGCCCCGAGAGCGCUCGUAGAGAGCUGUGUGUCGCUUUAAGAUCCGCCCGCAGUUUCCUACGGGUGCAAUCUCUUCCGACGCUGAAUCUUCUCCCCGUCUGGCUGGAUUGCUGGCGGGGCUUGCCUGUCGCCUUCGUUGGCGGGGUUGUGAGUGGACCGAGGGAGUUGUUUCUUUGUGGGCGUCAGUCUGCGAGUGCGGCGCGUCGUUCAGAGGAUGUUAAGAAGCUUAUCAAAAGUUGCUAGCACUGCUGGUGCUGCAGCAACGGCCGCUGUGGUCUCCGUAUCGAGUGCAGCUGCACAUGCAGAGUUUCCAAUGAAGAAGUUUCGAGAAGAUGCACAUUCAAGGCUCUCUAAACCUUCUCCAGGUCCGAACUACAUCGAAGACGAGUAUGAUUUCUGUCACGAGGAUAUCUACUCUGCUUUAAUCGGGGGAGUUCCUUCUCAAGAAGAAGUAGAGGAAGCUACGAGGGAUCUGCAAGCGACGUUUGUGCAGAAUGAGGAGAGCAGGGAGUUCUUAGAUCCCAAAGAUCGUGAACCAAAGCAGGAGAGCUGCGACGCGGUAGCAAUCCCGGACUCUGAUGCGGAAUGCUCCUCUUCCAAGGACUUUUGCCAUGGCGACCAAGUGCCUUUACCUCCACCAACAACAUCGCCGGAGGCAACCACAUCGGCGGAGACGUCGUCUGACUUUCUUAAGCCCUCCACCUCUACAGUGGAGCGCAACAUUCAGGCUAUGACGGUUCGGGGUACAAGCAGCGUGGUGGCUCACUGCGUGGAUCUACUCCAGCGGGAUCCUGAUAUCCAGGCUGCGGUUGUUUCUCUAGCGAAAGACCCUGCCAUCUGGGACGCCUUUGUCAAGAAUGAGAAAGUGCAAGAGUUGUUGCGGUCAAGAAGUACUAAGUUGGCUCUCACAGAAGGAACAUCGUCCUUUAAGGAGAACUCGAAAGCGGCUAAUAGAGGACGUGACGGGAAAGGACGUGAGAAUCCGUUCGUCGUAGCUUUGCUCUGCGUGAAGAAUCUUAUUUUUGAAGUUAUGGACACUUUCGUAGAUCUUGUUGGCAACGUCUUCGGGUUUCUGGAUCAGAAAGUGUUCGGAGGAAAGGAUAGCGACCCUCUUGACAAACCUCUUAAGGCUUGUAUGGUGCUGACGAUCCUUGUGUUAGCAUUGGUGGUACUUAAGCGUGUUUGAGGGAGAUGAUCAAGAACCAGACUCAAAGACCAGAACAGCAAUCAGACGAAAAAUCAUGGUGAUCUUGUUGUGUUCAGUUCUUUCCAGCAGACGAGCUAACUUUGUUUAUAUGCAGUAGAUGAGAACAUGUUGAGGGUGUUGUCAUUCUUAGUCAUCACUUACGGAAGUGAACCUUCUAGUUGGCAACUUGGCUCCUGGAUACUGUACAUCCUCGAGUAUGCAUUUCCGCACACUGUACAUACAUUCGUCCUUCCUUUGUAGAUAAGCCAGUCAGCAUAGUGUCAAGAAUCUUUUAAAAGAGAAAUAUAGAGAACAAUGGCAAUGUGGGUCCAGUGCUCGGGGGCCGGAAAGAGAUUACACAGCUAGCAAGCAAGAGUGACAGAGAAGUAGAUCACAUAUUCCUACGAAGAUUUAGUAUAGAGGUAUAUGAUUGUGAAACUGGUCACUACAAACAGCCAGAAAGUUAUUCAACUUCAAGAUUUCAAAAAUAUGAGUGGCUCUUUUUUUCAUUA